CAUAUUCAUAGCAGUGUAGCUUAUCGUUGAAGAGUUGUCAGUAGUUUCUUAUUCGACGUCCGUCAAAAUGGAGUUGUCUUUUUCAUCAUUCUCCAGUUUCUAUAUACUUUUAACUACUUUGAUCGCGAUUAUAGCGAUAAAAACGAUUUCUUUAAUAUAUUUCCAAUUUACAUAUUGGAAGAAAAAGGGUAUACCAACGGUGCUAAAUUAUCCUUUUUUCGGAUUGAAUUGGAUGGUUUUAUUUGGCCGAAAGUCAUUUCAAGAGUUAAAUAUACUAAUAUAUGAGACAUUACCAGGUGCAAAAUACGUGGGCUCUAUGGAUUUUUCAACGCCAUUAUUGAUAAUACGUGAUCCUGAAUUAUUGAAGGAAAUAACGGUGAAACAAUUCGAUCAUUUUCCUGAUCAUCGUGGUUUCGUGGACGAAACUAUAGAUCCGAUUUUCGGUAAAAAUAUUUUUUCAUUACGUGGUGAACGUUGGAAGGAAAUGAGGAAUACUUUAAGCCCGUCCUUUACAGCGAGUAAAAUGAGGUUUAUGUUCGAUCUCGUUUCCAAAUGUUCGAACGAAUUCGUGAAUUAUUUCGUCGAUCAUCCGGAAGCAGCGAAGGAAAUCGAAAUGAAGGAUGCUUUUACAAGAUAUACUAACGACGUGAUAGCGACGGUAGCUUUUGGUAUUUCGGUGAAUUCGAUGAAGGACAGGGAUAACAUAUUUUUUCGAAAGGGUGUCGAAUCAACUAAAUUCGAUGGGUUAUUGAACGCGAUAAAGUUCACCUUAUUGCGUACCUGUCCUAAAUUCAUGAAAUUAAUAGGAAUUGGCCUCUUAACUCCAUCUACGGCUAAAUUCUUCAACGAUAUAGUACGCGAGACCGUACAGGCACGCGAUGAGAAUGGUAUCAUUAGACCGGACAUGAUUCAUUUGCUUAUGCAAGCAAGAGAUAAAGAAUCCAGUAAUUUGGAUAUCCAAGAUAUCGUAGCUCAAGCUUUCAUCUUCUUUUUGGCUGGUUUUGACACGUCUUCGACGUUGAUGUGUUUUAUGGUACACGAAUUGGCGGUGCAUCAAGAAAUUCAAGAUAGAUUGCGUCAGGAAAUCGACGAAGUAUUGCUUCGGACCAACGGUGAACUCACUUACGAGGAACUUUCUAAGAUGGAAUACAUGGAAAUGAUUAUAAACGAGACAUUAAGAAAAUAUCCUCCUGCCAUUUUUCUCGAUAGGCUUUGUGCCAAACGUACGGUCAUUCCUCCGUCUUUACCAAAUGGCAAAGAGAUAAUCAUUGAGGCUAAUACAUCAAUUUGGAUACCGUCUUUCGGUUUUCAUCACGAUCCGAAAUAUUUCCCGGAUCCGGAAAAAUUCGAUCCGGAAAGAUUCAGCGAAGAAAACAAACAGAAUAUUAUUCCUUAUACUUAUUUACCGUUCGGCAUGGGCCCUAGAAGAUGUAUUGGUGAACGUUUCGCUCUGAUGGAAACGAAAAUAGUUAUAGUAAAUAUUCUUAAGAAAUUUAUUAUCAAACGUACGAGUAAAACGACCGAUCCUGUCGUAUUUGAUAACAAUUCGUUCAAUCUAAAGAUCAAAGGUGGAUUUUGGAUCAAUUUGGAACAAAGAAAGAAUUGACGAGAAAGAGAAGAAAAAAUAAAAUAAAAAAAAAAAUAAAAAAGAAAAAGAGAUCGUAAUUUAUAAGAUCCAGUUACUUAAAAAUAAUUUCUUUUAUUGUUUCCCUUAAUUCCUUAUCGAAAUAUUUACUGACAGAUAUCCAUCCGUUAGAAUUAAUCGAUCGAUUUCGUCGAUACGAUUCUCAAACCGUGUUAAAUAGCUUUAUACGUUAAUGUUGACUUUUUUUUAAUCGUACGUAAAUCCAUAAGCACUAUUGCAGCUUGAAUAGUAGGCUUAAUGCCUGAUAAUGAGGAUAAUAUUCGCUAACGAGUAUUCACGAUUCACUGUAUUGAACUGCAUCGACAUUUUCGAAUAGCGCAUUACUGACAAGCUAUGUGAGAGAUCAAGAAGAGGAAAUACAUAUAUACAAUAUAUAUAUCUAUACAUAUAGAUAUACAUACAUAUUCAUAAAUCGUUCAAUCAAGUCAUUCUCUAUCGUAUUAGAGCGAUAUAUCUUGCAAUUUUUAUUUAAUAAUUGAUAAUGAUGUUAUUAUAAUUAUACAUUGUAUUUUUAAUAAUUAAAUUAAUUAAAACACUAAUUAUAAUAAUUCUUUUAAUACGAAUUGUGUAACGUGUAUGAUUAUUUCAAGAGAAAUAAUCUCUCUCUCUCUUUUUGUUUUUAAAGAAACAUUAAAACGAUCAAUAUAUUAUUACUCGUUUCCAUUCGUUAGAUCAUUAUUGUUUUUGCGAGAUAAACGUGAUAAAAUGAGAGACGCGAUACUGAUAGACGUAACCUCUACAUUAAUUGAACUCGAGUCGUGCGUGACGCGAGUUACAUAUUUAUACAUUUUAAGAACAAACAUACGCUUACAGAGCAAGACUAUGGUUGUAGUUUUAAAUACGUUGAUAGAAUAGAAACGUUUAGAUAGUAGUAUUUAA